AUGUUUUGCAAUUUUACGAAAAACAUUUCAUCCGUUAACAAAAUUUCGAUAUCUUUUGAAGGAACUUAG